AUGAGACUCAGCUGGGUGCUCGUGGUGGCAGUACAUGCAUGCAGUGCCAGCCCCAAUUGUCCUCGCAAGAAAGCGAGAGUCAGAUUCUUGGAAAAUCAACAAAACGAUGUCGGAGCCGUCAUGGGGGAUGUUGGUUCGUACUCGUGCAAGAUGGGCUUCGCGGGCGAGGACUUUCCCAGGGCCUACUUCACCUGA